UCAGCAGAGGUCACAAUAUUUCUCUUGCCUCUAUUUCGCCCCUUCCGCGCGUUUUCACGAGAGUCCUAUGGUCUCAACGUGUUUCUAUGGCAACCCUCUGCUAUCCGCUUGAUAAAUCAAAAGCCUCCCCUUCUUCUAGAAAAGGCAGAACGCUGGACUUCAAUACCCAGUUGCCACCUGACCCCUGUUCUGUUUCUCCUCACAAAAGUGCCCGGCGGGACCUCUAAAAACGGAGAUGCGGUGAAGUUAGGAAGACGUGCGAAGGCAUGCGCACAGCGCUCUGGGAAACGUAGUCUUUGCGCUGGCGCGGAGGCUCCCAAGUGGAGAAAUUCCGUGUACGUUCACGAGGCAGUGAUAGUGGCUGUGACGCAGCACCUGUGACGCGCAACCUGUAAGAGGAAUCCGGUCUCUGGCUCUCCUCGGGCUGGGGUCGCGGCUUUUAACUGCGGACUGCAAUCUCGAGGGAAACUGAUGUCCUGACUCAUCUGACUUCUGGACAGUUUGGGGGCUCAUUCAACAUGGCCAGGAAAUCAGCCCUGGAAGGAAGGAAGACUUUCUCCCAGUUACCUUGUCCUUCCUGCAGCCCUGCGAGCUGGGAAUGUGGAGGGGAAGGAGGGGGAGCUUAAACCAGACUGCUGGGCCUAGUCAGCUACUACUGAGUAAUUUGUGACCCUCGGGGACGUGGCCAUGGACUUCACUUUGGAGGACUGGGAGCAGCUGGGGCUGGACCAGGAGGACCUGUUUUGGGACAAGGCACUGGACAACUACCAGAAUCUCUUCUUGCUGAACCCCCUCAGACCCAGCCUGACCGAUGCAGAUGGUGGAGAAGAGCGGAAGAACCUGGUGAGAGGAGGUUCAGAAGUGACGGGCCCUGACACAGCUGAGGCCAAGAUCUCUGUGCUGCAAGAAUUCUCGGAAGAAAGGCUCUCUCAGGAGAUUACGGAGAUGUUUUCCAAGGAUGGCCUCUGGAACCCUAACUUGGGAGAAGCCUGUGUGGGUGAGAGCUGGUUGGAUAAUUUGCUAGGAGAUCCAGAAACUCUUCUGAGCUCUGACACUGUCACCAACAAGGAAAGUCCCACAGAGUGCAGGGGUCAUGAACUCAAGAGCAGCCUCAGUCUUGAGUCCCUCCUUUUCACUGGAGAGGAUUCCCUGAUCUCUGAUGUUUCCGAGAAGAGCCUGAUGCCAGCUCAGUCUCAGGAGUGUAGGAAUGACUUCGGCUCCCACUCAGGGCAGAGUCAGCAGGAUACUGUCCAGGAAGGUGUGAAACCAUAUAAAUGUAGUGAAUGCGGGAAGAACUUCAGCCGGAGUUGCGAUCUCCUGCAGCACUGGAUUAUUCAUAUGAGGGAGAAACCAACUGGGAAUGAAGAGGAUGAGAAUAGUUCCGACCAGAGUUCUUGCCUUUUUGAGUAUCCAGUGAUUCACACAGACCAUGCAUCCUAUGUGUGCGACAAGUGCGGGGAAACUUUUAGUCACAACACACACCUUCUGUUACAUCAGAAAAUUCACACUGAAGAAGAAACAUGUAAGAGUCAGGACAGUGACCACCCACCAGGUCCUGGCUCACAGCCUGUUGAGCAGCACAAAACCCACAAAGGUGGUAAAUCCUACAAGUACAAUGAGUGUGGCAAGAGUUUCAGCCAAACCAUUCCUCUUACUCAGCAUCAGAAGACCCACGUGCAGAAACGCUAUGAAUGUGCCAAAUGCAAGGCCACCUUCAACUUUAACAAACACCUGCUCCAACAUCAGAAGAUUCAUGCUGUGAAAACUACCCCUGAGUGUCAGGAAUGCGGAAAGGCCUUCAGGCAGAGGUCAUCCCUCAUCAAACACCAGUCCGUUCACACUGGAGAAAAGCCGUAUAAAUGUGAUGAGUGUGGGAAAGCCUUCAGCUAUGUCUUGACCCUAAGGAGCCACCAAAAGGUUCACAGUAGAGAGAAGCCUUACAAAUGCAAUGAGUGUGGGAAAGCCUUCUACCGGAACACUCACUUGAGUGAACAUCAGAGGAUUCACACGGGCUACCGGCCCCACAAAUGUGACAAGUGCACCAAGAGUUUCAACCGGCCUUCCCACCUGAUGCGACACCAGUCUGUUCAUGCCACGGAAAAGCCCUACAGCUGUGCCGAAUGCAAGGAGACCUUUAGCCAUAAUGAAGACCUUGUUCAACACCAGAAAAUCCACGCCGUGGAAACCCGCCAUGAAUGUCAGGAGUGUGGUGAGCACUUCAUUUGCAGCUCGACCCUAACUAGCCACCAGAGAAUUCACACUCAAGAACAAGGACUUGAUGAGAGUGGAAAGAUCUUGAAUCAGAACCUAGAACAAAAAGAGCAUCCGGGAACUGCCGAGGAGCCCUUUAAGUGUAACAAAUGCGAGAAAACCUUCGGCUGCAGCAAAUACCUGACUCAGCAUGAGAGGCUUCACACCAGGGAGAAGCCCUUUGAGUGUAACCAGUGUAAGAAAGCCUUUGACCAAAGUACACAACUCACUCGCCACCAGAUGAGCCACUCUGGAGUGAGGCCAUAUAAAUGCGGGGACUGUGGGAAGGCCUUCACCCGUAGCACCUCCCUCACCAAACAUCAAUGCCUACACAAGAGCGAGUGCCCCUUUAAGUGUAAUGAAUGUGGAAAGACGUUCAGUCACAAUGCACAUCUCUCAGAACAUCAGUUAAUUCACACUGUAGAAAAACCCUUCCAAUGUAACCAGUGUGCCACAGCCUUUGGGCACAGUAAGUACCUCACUCAGCAUCAGAGAAGUCAUACUAGAAAGCCAUCUUUUGAGCGGCACCUUUCUAAGCAUCAGAGGGUUCACAUCUGUGAGAAACCCUGUAAAUGUGGCGACUGUGAAAAAACCUUCAGCCUGAAUGCUCCACUUACUCGACACUAGAGAGUUCACACUGGGGAAAAGCCUUACUUUUGUCAGGAAUGUGGGAAAGCCUUCAGCUAGAGCUCAUGCCUUUCUGUUCAUUGGAGAGUUCACACUGGGGAAAAGCCCUUUCGGUGUGUCUCAUGUGGGAAAGGCUUUUCCCAGAAAGCAAAUCUGAGGCAGCAUGAGAGAAUUCACACUGGGGAGAAUGCCAUGUGUGUGGGAAAGCCUUUGGCUUCAGAGCGCAUCUCAGUGAGCACCAGAGAAUUCACACCCAAGAGAAACCAUAUCAGUGUCAACACUGUCAGAAAGCCUUCCGCUUCUACGUAGGUGUCUGCCGACACUGAUAGAAAGUCCACACUCAAAAGUAACAAGUAGCAAUACUACUUGUGGCUGCCAGGUGGCAGCAGGGCCCAACAUCUGAGACCUAAAGUUGAAACCAUCACAUGGUAAGUCCAUCCUCCCCUCACCCCCUGCAGAAUAGACAAAUCUCUUUAUUAAUAAAGAUUGACUAGGAAAAUUUGCACACAGGUUUCAUUAAAACAAUGACAACAAAAAAAGAAGCUGUGUAGCAUCCAAAUUCACAGAUAGACUCUGGAGACAGUCUGCCGGAUGUAAACCUCACCUCUGCCACCUAAGUGACCUGCUGACUCAUGGAACCUCUCAGGGCCCCAGUAUACAGUAGUUACCUACCUCGGAGAGGGCUGCUGUGAGGACAAAUAGGUGCAAAGCACUUAGAACUGAAUGCCCCGCACAUAGUUCUCACCAAGCAUGAGCUAUAUACAUGCAUCACAUACACUCUUUUACGUUAGAAGACUUAGCAACCUUCUACCUCUUUACCGUAGUUAAUGUCUUAAUUUUUUUUAAAGAUUUUAUUAUUUAUUUUGAGAGAGAGGAGAAGGGAAGGAAAAAAGAAACAGGAAAACCUCAAUGGCUCGUUGCCUCUCAUGCAUCCUCUCCUAGGGACCUGGCCCACAACUCAGGCAUGUACCCUGACUGGGAAUUGAACCAGUGACCCUAUGGUUCGCAGGCUGGCACUCAGUCCACUGAGCCACACCAGCCAUAGCUAAUGUCUUUUAUUUAUUUUUUUAAAGUUUUUAUCCAAAAUGCCUUUGGCUUAAUUUGGUUCCCCAAACUUGGCACAUGAAUGAAUCUUGUUUUUUAAGUCUAACCUUGUCCUUCCCUCCAUCUCUGCUCUGUCCUAGUAUUAACUAGUCCACAGAAAGCCAAUAAGAACAUUUAAACUAACAUCAAAUGGCCAAAACGUUCUACCUCCUAACCUUUCAUACCUCUCAUUCAGACGGACCCUUUCCACAUUGACAUGCUACCUUUUCCCAUAAUCCCCCAUUUCAAGUUGUUUGGUUAUAUUUAAAAUGAUACCAAAUUUGUCAUGGGAGUUAAUGACACUGGAAACAGCUGGAUUCAGUCAGGAAAGCUGCACUGGGUAUUGCCACAGUUAACACUACACAGAGGACAGGCUUGUGAAAAUUGUAAUGGACUGUGAAAACUGCGAUUGAUUACCAGAAUGUUCUUCAAACACCAUUUUUCUAAGCUGACGACUCACCAGGCGCUUUGCUAGGCACCAGGGCAGGGAAUAUCAAUGUGGUAAACCCUGCCCUUGCCUUGAAGUUUCUGGAAUCCAAGGGAAACGGAUGGUACCAUUUUCAUAGGGAGUGCUGUUCUUGACAAGUGACAUCUUAAAAUGCCACAUUCCCUCAUGGCACGGUAAGUUCUGGGGCCACUGAGGACUGCUGGAGAGCCCCGUGAGAAAAUGAGCCUUCCUCUUGGAGCCGUCAGCAGAUCGCCUUGGCCAGGCCUGUUCAGCAGAGACUCACCUCAUGGAACCACACAGCCUUCUUCUCCCUCUUGAUGGCACCUCAUCUCCGGGCUUUCGUGCCCUGCCCACUAAGCGAGCAAGUCAUGUGUUUACUGAAGCACAAACAGAAUCUUAUGAGGACACUGGACUCUUAAUAUCUUUCAUAUUCUUGGUGCUAAAAAAGUUUAGGAGUAUGUGCCCUGUGCUCCUGGACUUUUAAAACCUUGUGCCUUGAGUUCUGCUGGUUGGUUCUGUUGUUGAAACUUGGAAUUUAGUGGUUGAUCAUUGGGCCCACUACACAGUGGGGAGCACACUGGUUUUCUGUCGACCAGAACGUACAGCUCCCUGUGCAUGAUCUGGUCUGGGCGACAGGCCUGCUGCAUACCAAAGGGGAUUACAAAGUAUUCAGGGUAGGCCAGAGGUGGAGGCUCAAAUCGAGAAGUGUGUCCAAUGAAGUUUUGACAGCGCACACACAGGUCAGAGACGCUUUGGAAAAUCAGCCAUGGGAGUGGCGGGGGAGGCAGUUUCUGUAACUAAUGACCUGUAUUGAGGGCCAGGGUAGAAAUGCCCUUGUGUAU